UUGAUCUUUAGUGUCAGCCGGCAUGUGUUUUUACAGUGUUUUUUGUGUUUCAGGCAAGUUUUACUGCAAGCCUCAUUAUUCUCAGCGUCGGUCCAGCCUACAAACUUCAAGCAAGUUCUUGAGGAGAACGACGCAGGAGGACCAGGGACGUCUGACGUCUUCGCCAGACCGGAGUGACCCCUACUCGGCCACGGACAGCCUGCAGAGCCAGCCCUCAGGUACCCUGAGUUCCUUCCUUAGGAGAAGCCUGCGUUGGCCGCUGCACGCGGGCCGGGCAGUGUGUGGGACGCCCUGCCAGCUGGCCCGCUGGGUGCAUGGGGCGGUUGGCCAGGCAGGGCUCCACCUCAUAGACCACUCAGAGGACUACGGCUUCCUGUACGAGCUGCUGAGUCUGGGCAUGCCCCUACUGAGCAUACUGCACGAGCUCCUGGGCCAGAUGUACAUGGAGGCUGAGCAGCCUCAGCCUCACGGUCUACUGCACUAAGCUCAGCAGCGCCUAGGUCUCAGGCUCACCUAGAGGGGGCAGAGCCUGGUGCCGCUGGGCCUCUGGGUCUCAUGGACUUAAUGAUGCACUUGUACUGUACUCGCUGCUAUAGCACAGGCACUUGCUUCACAGUCUGUACAAUGCUCUAUGCAGACUGGUUCAAUUUCAAAAGUCUUAUUUGUUCUUCCAUGACUUUGAUUUGACGCCGAGAAACACAUCUGUUUGUUCAUCAAAGUAUUAUUGCUACACAUGGUCCUUAGCAUUUGAGGUCAUGUAUCCUUUCAAUUGCUUUAAACCUUUUAUUUCAGUGUUCCCAUGCUUAUGUUUGGGUUCAACUUUUAUUUUUAGCUCCUAAGUAAUCCAAAAAAGGAUCCACUAAAAGCACUUUAGUUGACUUGGAGGUUCUGCUAAGGCCUGUGUGUAGUGCCUGGUGUGCUUGUGAUGUGGGAAGUUAGAGAACGAAGUCCUGCUAUGCUUCUUGAACUGCACUGCUAUAUUGCACAUGUGCAAUGGAAAUGCCAAACAGUAUUUAUUUUCUGACAAUAGCUUUUUUUUAUGUAAUUAAGAUGAUUCUGGAGACUAUUUUGUUGGAAUUUUUUUAUGUGUACAUUUUUUUGUUUUAGAACAGCUUUCACACAGUAUUAUUUUUGAUUUGUCUAGGCCGUUUAAUGGAACACACAUUUGAUUUUAGAUGUGUCUGUUUGAAAAACGGAUUCUUAUUGUUGUAAAAUAUUAGUUAAGUGGGGUAGAAACAAAGAUGUCGGGAAAGACCGAGAGAUUUCAAAUUUUUACUUCCUACACCAGGUAUUGUAGCAAAUUCUGCCCAAAAUAUAUUUAUAUUUAGUUAUAGUUUUUCUGCUUUUGUUGCUGGUAUCACAAGCCUUGGAUUUAAUGCACAUUUCUGCACAUAUUCUAAGAUGUGAAUUAUCACAAAUGUUUGUGCUGAAGUGUUGUAGAUGUUCAAUCAAUAGCUUGUUCCGGUAGUAUUACUUAUUUUUCUGCUAAUUAUCUGUUAUGGUACAGUGAUGCAACAAAGCUUUUAUUUAAUUUGUGAUUCUAAGUACUUGUGUGUCUUAUGUUUUCCCUUCCAUAUAUCCCCAUUUUCAUUCCUCCAUUCUUUCUUUCACUUCAUAUGUAGCCUGUUUCACGUUUCCAAUGCUGCAUUCUCUGAUUGGCUGAAUUGUGGCUGCAGGAAGGUGAUGGUCUGCUUGGGUCACGUGAUCAAUAGUGUUGCUUUGCAUUAGCUGCCUUCAUAGCUCUUAACCACACAUGUACUAUUCAUGUUGAGAACUAGGCAUGGGUCCUGUGUAUGACAACGAGUUAAUUUAGUUGGCCACACAUUGUUUGUUAAUUGACGCAUGUUUCGAAAGCCUUCCAUUCCUCCAAGCUAACCCACAUGCUCAAGGUCCGCAUGCCUCUACGUUUUUGGCAUGCAGUUUUUUCAACCCAUCUGAUACAUGAUAACCUCCAUGUCUCUACUUCUCUGUAUGUCCCCUUGUGAUUCUCUGUUGCAGAAGGUGCUUACCUCUCAGAAACCUUCUCAAAGGCUCUCUCAUGUUCCUCCUAAUACACAAAGCUGAGUUCAUUGCGCUUGAGAGGAUCCUAUUUUUUGGGGGGGGGGGGCAAAAUUCUGCAUGUCAGCUCCAGAAUAUUUUGUUGUACAUUUUAGUUGUUUAAGAAUUUGUCUGCUACCUUGUAUUUUUCCAUAGUGAAUAAACGGGUUGCUUAAUUUAUGCUAUU